GUCCGCGAGCCGCGAUGAACGAUACAGAUCUUGACGGUAUAAAAGUAGUAGAAUGUACGUUCGGUAAGUGCUUCAUCAGAACAUCACAACCACCCAUUCCAACCUAUCUAUUCAUUGCAGGUCUCUGAAUACUUCAUACUCAACUUCUCUAUACAUUUCCAACUUUGAAUAAUUCCAACUCAUUUUCUUAAUAUCUCUUCAAAAUGGUUAACUUCACCAAGAUCUUUGCUACAGCACUUCUUGCUACUUUCGCCGUCGCAGCACCACAGCCAGAUAGCAACAUUGCUCAUGGCCUUUCCAAGCGUGCAGUCAAAAGUGCCAAGGACGUAAAAUGCCCCGUUACUGAGGUCGAUACCCAUGGCAAGUCCUGGUCGAAGGAGAAGAUCGAGGCUGCCGUCGAGAACGCUGGCGACCCCGACGACAAGGUCGGCUCAUUCCCUAAGGAAUUCAGGUACACUGGCACAGGCAGCUGGCCAUUCAAGAAGGCCACGCCUUGCGACAGUGUCAAGAACGCUGGUGGGAAGAUCUACGAAACUCCCAUCAUGAAUGGCGUAUGGAAGGGCAAGGGUGACCCUGGCCCAUUCAGGGUUCUCUUUGCCAUUGACGGCAAGGAUCAAAUUGUUUGUGGUGUUACUGCUCACUCGGACAAGAAUGAUAAGAGCAAGAUCGUUGCGUGCGAAGAAUAAGUUACUACCGAUCGCGGGGAGAGUAAGCUUCGACAUGGCUCGUUUUAGAGAAGGAAUAGAACGAUCGAGCAUGUGGUUGGAACAUCGAAUAUAGACGGGUCGGCGCACAUCAUAGACUUGGUUUUUACAGCAUUUAGCAUUUAGCAUUUAGCAUUAUUUUAGACACUGGUCAUGUAUCUGACAUCAACAAUACGAACCGGUUUACACUCGU